UGGAAUCAGGCAUGGGCUUCCAGCCCCGCGUCCCUGUGGACCAUGGGGUCUUCUGGGUCCUGGUCCUGCUCCUGGCCCUGGGGCUGUGCAGCCUCCAGGCCAGAGCGGACAGAUAUCUAGACCCCGGCUUUCGGGAGAACUAUUUUGAGCAAUACAUGGACCAUUUCAACUUCGAGAGUUUCGGCAACAAAACCUUCGGCCAGCGGUACCUGGUGUCAGAUAAGUUCUGGAAGAUGGGCGAGGGGCCCAUUUUCUUCUACACAGGGAACGAGGGAGACAUCUGGUCCUUUGCUAACAAUUCUGGCUUCAUGGUGGAACUGGCAGCGCAGCAGCAGGCUCUGCUGGUCUUCGCGGAGCACCGGUACUACGGGAGGUCGCUUCCAUUCGGUGCGCAGUCCACAGAGCCGGGAUACACACAGCUGCUGACUGUGGAGCAGGCACUGGCGGACUUUGCCGUGCUGCUCCAGGCCCCGCGGCAGAAUCUCGGGGCCCAGGAUGCCCCCACCAUAGCCUUUGGAGGAAGUUAUGGGGGGAUGCUGAGCGCCUACAUGAGGAUGAAGUAUCCCCACCUGGUGGCCGGGGCCUUGGCGGCCAGUGCUCCUGUCGUAGCUGUUGCAGGCCUUGGCAGCUCCUACCAGUUCUUCCGAGACGUCACAGCGGACUUCUACGGCCAGAGUCCCAAGUGCGCCCAGGCUGUGCGGGAUGCCUUCCAGCAAAUCAAAGACUUGUUCCUCCAGGGAGCCUAUGACACCAUCAGCCGGAAUUUUGGUACCUGCCAGCCACUUGCCAGCCCUAAGGACCUGACCCAGCUCUUUGGGUUUGCCAGGAAUGCGUUUACUGUGCUUGCCAUGAUGGACUACCCAUAUCCUACUGACUUCCUAGGGCAUCUUCCUGCCAACCCCGUCAGGGUAGGCUGUGAGCGGCUGCUGAGUGAGGGCCAGAGGAUCGUGGGUCUGCGAGCACUAGCAGGGCUGGUCUACAACUCCUCUGGCACGGAGCCCUGUUAUGACAUCUACCAGAUGUACCAAAGCUGUGCUGACCCCACUGGCUGUGGCACUGGCUCUGACGCCAAGGCCUGGGACUACCAGGCCUGUACGGAGAUCAAUCUGACCUUUGACAGCAACAAUGUGACAGACAUGUUCCCUGAAAUCCCCUUCUCGGAUCAACUCCGCCAGCAAUACUGCCUGGACACGUGGGGCGUGUGGCCCCGGCCUGACUGGCUGCACACCAGCUUCUGGGGUGGCGACCUUAAAACUGCCAGCAACAUCAUUUUCUCCAAUGGUGAUCUAGACCCCUGGGCAGGGGGUGGGAUCCGGAGCAACCUGAGCACAUCAAUCAUCGCCGUCACCAUCCAUGGGGGAGCGCAUCACCUAGACCUCAGGUGCAGUGAGGUGUAGCCUACUGGGUCCCUUUCUGCAUGAGUUCGGCCAGGGGUGGAAUGUGGGCCAGAUGGGCAUGAAGCUUGCCCCCUGAGUGUCCCCACCCCCACAUGUCCGCUCCAUAGAGCAUCUCACUCAGAAGACCCCCCGUCUGCAGUGGAGGUGCGGAAGCUGGAAGCCACCCUCAUUCGUGAGUGGGUAGAGGCAGCCAGACCAAAGCCACACCCUUCCAGCUAAGAUGCAACAGGACCCAGGCAUCCCUUGUUUUGUGUGAUCAACUGUGGCAGGACAGCUUGCCUUAUCCC